GUCAAAAGUGAGCACCCCCUUGUGAGUGACAGCCGUUGACGCAGAGAGGAUUUUUGAUGAGCAAUUACACAUCAUUUUUCCAUUUAAACCGGCACACAGUGUGCCCUACACCGACCGGGACCGGUGCGCUCACUUCGGUCAGGGUUGCUUCGAACAACAUUGGCCGGCCGAAUUGGUAGAAAAAUCCGACAGUAAAAAAUAAUGUGCUAAGCAGAGGCUCAUCGCAGCGAGCUACGCUUAUUAGUCGUUUUUUCGCCUUGUUUGUGCCAUUUCUGUUCUGUAGUGCGUGAAAGAUAAUAUUCACGCAAUCGGGCAAACUAAAAAUAAAAGUUACACACAAAACACUGUUUUUGCUGCUCGCUCUGGUGCUGGAAGCUGUUGCUGCUCUGUUGUUUGCGUGCGUGUGCGUUGUUUAUUUGUGUGCGGCAGCCGACACAGAACCAGUGCGGAGGAGUCGCCUUCCUUUUGUCCAGAUUAAGAUCGACCAGGGGUCGGUGAACUUUGGCCCGGCGGAAGCUCUAAAAUCAUCACCGAAAAAGCAGUGAUUAUAGAAGGCGAACGAGGCAAAUCAUCAUGUCCUUAGCAUCUCUACGUCACGUACGGGCACUGGUACCGCAGCCGGUUAGGACACUGACGACGAGCUGCGCCCUGCACAAGGACGAAUCGUCAUGGCUGAGCAAGCUGAUGGUGCGGAAGAUCGAACCGACGAAAAACUCCCACAGCCGGAUGCUGAGCGACAAGUUCGACAUCUACGAGCUGCACACGCACAACGUUCGACCGGAUUCGGUCGGAAAGUAUCUGGAGAACUACAAAAACACGGUCCAAAUCGUACAAUCAAAGGGAAACCUGUCGAUGGAGCUGAUUGGCUCCUGGAAUGUCGAGGUAGGCGAUCUAGACCAGUGUCUCCACCUGUGGCGCUACACCGGCGGGUUCGAGAUGGUGGACCAAGCGAAGCGCGAGCUUACCAGUGAUAAGAACUACGUGCAAUUGAUGCAGGAACGCGGCACCUUUCUACGGUCCCGCCACCUGCAGUAUCUGCUAGCGUUUAGCUACUGGCCCCAGCUGCAGCUGCGCGAGGGUAAAAACAUUUACGAAAUUCGUUCCUACCGGCUGAAGCCGGGCACCAUGAUCGAGUGGGGCAACAACUGGGCCCGGGCCAUCAACCACCGCCAGAACAACAACGAAGCGUUUGCCGGGUACUUCUCGCAGAUCGGGCGGCUCUACAACGUGCAUCACAUUUGGUGCUACAAGGAUCUGCAGGGCAGGAAGGAGACGCGCGAAUCGGCGUGGCGAUCGCCCGGCUGGGACGAGUGCGUGGCGUACACGGUGCCGCUGAUCCGCGAGAUGCACUGCCGCAUACUGGCGCCGACGGAGUUCUCGCCGACCCAGUAGUAGUAGUAGUAGCAGCAGUAGAGGGAUGCCGGUGGACACGUGUUGGUUGUUGUUGCUGCCUUGUUUACACGAUCGAGAGGAAAAAAAGGGGGAGGGAAACUGUCCCACUGCGAGCGUUGGGUGGUCAAUUAAUUAGUUCCAAAGUGGCAUUUUUUCCGUUAGAACGUAUCUCAUCCACACAUGCAUUUAGAGGGUGGUUUUGUUUUGUUUUGGCGUUCUUUUCUUUUCGCUUUCGCGCUGCACACAUAGAAAGAGAGCUCUAUAUUUUGUCUGAGAAGAAACGAAAUGUCGCACACUAACCUUCUUGUUUUCUUGUUGUAAAAUUAUAGUUUUUCCCUUUUUUUCUGUAGGGUUUAAAAAUUACUUUCUCCUUACUUACGAAGAGCAUGUGAUGUGUAACAUAAUAAACGAAUCACUACAUUGUGAAUGGCCUUUUA